AUGGGGAGGAAGCUGGACCUAUCUGGUUUGACUGAUGAUGAAGCUGAGCAUGUCCUUCAGGUGGUCCAGCGAGAUUUCAACCUCCGCAAAAAAGAAGAAGAUAGACUGAGUGAGAUGAAGCAGAAGCUGGAUGAAGAAGGUAACAAGUGCAACAUCCUUUCCAAGCAGCACAGCUUUAACGAGCGCUGCUGCAUGCGUUGCUGCACUCCUUUUACUUUUCUCAUCAAUACCAAGCGGCAGUGCCAAGAUUGCAAGUACAACAUCUGCAAGAACUGCAGCUCCUAUCAGAAGAAGGAAAAAGCUUGGCUCUGCAAUGUGUGCCAGCAAGUGAAACUGUUAAGAGCCCAGUCCCUGGAAUGGUAUUAUAAUAAUGUGAAAAGUCGCUUCAAACGCUUUGGAAGUGCAAAAGUCCUGAAGAAUUUAUAUAGAAAACAUCGACUGGAGAGUGGUGCUUGUUCUGAGAUACUAGCCGGUAGCUUUUGCGAGGGAACCAUUGAAAAUGAAGGAAGUAUUUGUGGCAGUGAUUCUACAUUCUACAGGCAGACAGAAGGACACAGCAUGAUGGAUACCCUCUCUGUGGCAUUGCGUGUUGCAGAAGAAGCCAUAGAAGAAGCUAUUUCUAAGACAGAGACGUACAGUGACAGCUUGGAGAAACAGAAUGAAGCUACUUAUUUACGAGAGCACAAGGAGGAGCUGAUAGAAGAGCUUGCCACCACCAUUGUCCAGAAGAUUAUAAGAAAGCAGAAAAGCAAAACCGAACAACCAGAGACUGGUUUUGAAUGGCCACAGUCCAGAAGCCGUGGCUGGACUGCUCUCUCAGAUCAGAGCAUGCUGACCUUCCCGGGGAGUCGCAGGGGAUCGUACUCAUUAUGGAGGUCUCAAUCUGCAUUCUCACUGACGAAUGAAGAUGCAUCGGGCAGAGAUCCGGACCUCACGUCUUCCGUGGCAGAGAGUCUCUGGAGGCAACCAAAAGGCUCAAUCAGGAAACAAAAAGAGCACAGCGUAUCUGCAUUACCCAGCUGGAAGAGUGUGGACCAAUUAAACGAACCAACUCCUCCACCUGUUUUACAAAGCACAGAUGGGAACUGGGUGGCCUUGCAAAAUGUCACCUUGCCUCGCCCUCGAAUGAUUGCCAAGCCAAAGAGCCAGGUAUUCAGAGUCCUGGAGAGCGAAUCCAGCGUUGUGUCUGUUUAUGAUGAGAUGGGAUCGGAUAGCGAAGAUGACUACGACUGGAACGUGGCUUUGAACAAGCUACGGAGAAGGCCCAAGCAGCUGUCCAAAGAACUGCAUUAUGUUGAUCCCCACUGCAACUUGGAAUGGGCUUAUGGCAAUGACCUGCACCAGCCAGUGACCUCCCCUUCAUCUGGGCUGUUUACUAACACGGAGACAAUGUGCUCUGAUUCUGAAACAUCCUCUGUUGGCUCUUCAAGGGAUGCUGGAGGGUCUAGCCAUCUUCCCUGGAUACAAAGGAGAACUCGUCACAAUAAACCCAGAGAAGAAAAAGCACAAUUACAUGGAGAGCUAGAUGUAAAUUUUAAUCCACAGGCUACCAGUUUAGAUUAUUCAGACAGCAGCGAAAGUGAGGAUGCCUACUAUGACUUAGAAAAGAGAUCGAGGAGGUGGAAAAAAGGCAAGGCCGUCUCUGAAGACUUAUGCAAAGGCAAAAAUCGUUCAAAAACCCACAAGAAGAAUUUGAGCACAAGUCAGGCAUCUGAUGACUUAUCAGAAACUGACAUAAGCAGUGAAGACCAACACCAUCAACCCAAGGCAGAGUCUAUGGAAGAAAAGCUCAAAUCAAGAUUAUUUGAACUAGUUGCUAAAAUGAGUGACAAUAAGGAAUCUUCUUCAGAGGAGCAAGGGCUGGAGCCAAGAACAGAGUCUGAGACCCAGAAAUCAUGCUUGUCUUCAGAAGAGAGUGGCAGAUCCAUUCAAGAGGAGCUAAAGAAGAAAUACUCUGCUGUGUCUCUCUGCAACAUCUCUACAGAGGUCCUAAAAGUCAUCAAUGCAACGGAGGAGCUCAUAGCAGAAUCAACGGGGCCUUGCGAUGUUCCAGCAGAUGCUUGUGACAGAGGGAAAGGGGAAUUUCCAUUAGGUACAGAUCCUGUCAGACUUGACGAGCAGCUCACAACACUGGAAGAAAAUGUGUACCUGACAGCUGGAGGUGUGUAUGGACUGGAGAGUCAGCUAAAUGAGCUGGAGGAUGCAGCACGCAGAAUUAAUAGUGUUACCGCAGAAUCUGAGCUGGCUGAUCUGGAGGACCAAGUGGCAACAGCAGCAGCACAAGUUCAUCAAUCAGAGCUUCAGAUUUCAGAUAUUGAGAGCAGAAUUUCAGCACUAACAGUUGCAGGCCUGAAUGUGGCUCCGUGUGUUCAUCUGUUGAGAAAACGUGACCAAAAGCAGACAAACCAGAUGCACACGAUAGACACGUCCAGACAGCAGAGACGAAAGCUUCCUGCGCCACCCGUGAAAGGUGAAAACAUUGAUGCCUCUCCAGUUACUCCUGACAGAACAUGUAACAAGAAUUUCAUGCUUCAAGGAUCUCUGACACAAAGAACUAAAGAGAGAAAAAGCACUGCCAAGGAUUUGAUGGAACCAUCUAUAGGGUCUGCUGUAAUGUACUAAAAUCACAAAGUUCUACUGCCAAUAACACACUGCCUAAGGCUGCACACUACAGUGCCUUUAUAUAACAGCCAUUGUAUACAUCCAAUAAAAAUGGACCCUCAAGAACCCACAAUGCCUCAGUAAUAGGGC